AUGGUGUACCGGCUGGAGGCGGCUUACGUUCUGGCUUUGGUUUUCCCCGUGUUUACAGUCGGGUUGCCAUGGUUACAUCAAGCAGACGAGAAUGGUUUACUCUACGUGAAGAUUCUAGAAGAAAUUUACGAGCCUGGUCCGAGCAAUACCCGCCAUGUUGGUGAUCGAGUCAAAAGGUCAGCAGACGUCAUGCCAAGUUCUCUUCAUUUCCAAAUCCGGUACGGGUCACGUGAGCAAAAUAUCCGGAUGCGCCGGAAUGCUUUCGGGCAGAACAAGGAAGAGAAAUCAGAUGUGCCGGAUUUUCCGGUUUUCAUUAUAGAAAAUGGUCGCAUUAAGCGGAAAGAGCUGCAGCAUGACAAGGGAAUAGCACUGUAUUCUAACGAGACAACGGGGAGCUCAUUCCUGGUGAGGAAACGGAGCAACCGGGCAGACUUCGUUCUGAAUGGCGUUUUCUACGAUGGCCUCGACCAGUUGUACCUAACCAGGGACGCCGAUGGAGGACUGCACCAGAUACACAAGCAGAACGGCGUGGUCGACUUCCGGAAUGAUUACAUUAGCUCGGUCAGAGGUCAAGGACCAAUGUGCUGCUGCAAGAAACCUGGCGUUCGAUCGAAACGUCAACUGAUGCAGGCCGGCGAGAAUGAAGUACAGCUCUUCAUGAUUGCUGACAACAAGGACUACAGAACAUGGCUGAAAUACUACAGACACAACGCAACGCUGACACAGAUUGAGAUGAACUUAUAUUACGCCUUCAUUGCAAACUCGAUGAACGUCAGAUACAGUAGUAUAAAAAACGUGGACAGCUCUUUUAGUUUGAAGAUAUUAAUCAGUGGUCUACUGAUUGUCAACUCACAGAAAAUCAGCACUUGGACUGAAGACAGUUUUGACCCAGUCACUCAUUGCGUGGAUGCUUCUCGAGCCUUGGAGUCCUUCCGUCUGUGGGUCAAAUCCUCCCGCUAUGAUCUUCCCCCCAGUGACCACUGGAUGUUGUUUACCGGGUUUGAUAUCUCAACAGAUGGAAACCGUAACGUGGCAGACAUCUGUCCUCAAGGAGAUGACCCCACGGCACCGUGUGCUCUAGAUGAUUGUCCGUACUACACCAACCGGACAAAGUUGGUCUAUUGCUGCCACACCUGCAGGCAGAUGCCCACCUGGCAGGAGGACAGGUCGCUUGUGGUACAGGUGGUUAGACAGGUAACCUAUUGCUCAGCAACAAAACCUACAAGUCCAAGCGACGUUCUGUAUGACAUCGUGUCCGAAUCGGUCAUUUCAAAUGUAACAUUGCCUAAUUUACUGUCCGUGUUAAUUUCGAAUAGAAAUGACACGUGGCAGUUUGGAAAUGUCGAACGAUUGUUUGGACAGGAGAUAAUUGGCAUGUCAAGUUCUCGACAGUCACAUAUAUCGUUGUCUGAGACAGUUUUGUCAUCUGUGUCGAGUUUCAAGUCUAGAAACCAUAGCUUGGAUGAUCGCCGACAGAGAAGCAAGGAAAGAGGUAAGAAAACUGUGGUUUACGAUGGUUCUGUUAUAAACAAUUUUAAAUAUAAUUUUGUAUUUAUUUCAGAUCACAAAGAUACCACAGAAAAAAUCUCGGAAAUAAUUACCAGAAUCGAGGCAACGAAUCGAACCAAGACCUUUGAUCAGUCGAUGCAUAGAAACAUAACUUACCACCAUUAUGAUAACCCACUCUUAACAUCAGAUGAAGAAACAGCAUCAGUGAAUGUAUCAGCUUCGCCAGCAACUCAGUCCCUGAACACGUCCACAAGCUACACCAGUCUACAAAAUGACAGUCUCAUUACUUCGGUCAUUUCAUUGUUAAGUAGCAUUGGUUCCGUCCAAUCAUUUCAAAAUCAUAAUUUAGCCCAUGAGGACAACCAGAAGCAACCAUGGAAUGAUCUUCAUAUGAAAACGAAUAAAAUUGAAAAGAAUACACACUUGCCUUCUGUCGAAGGGCAGUCGUUGGUCAGUUCUGUCGAGGGGCAGUCGUUGGUCAGUUCUGUCGAGGGGCAGUC